UUUUUUUUUUUAUGUAACAAACGUGUGUCGAUCGGAAAGUCGGUCCACUACACUAUCAAGGACCGGGGUAGCUUUAGAAAUGAAUAGGCACGUUGACAGAAGAAAAUCUAUAUCUACAUAAUAUUUUCUUAUCUUUUUUUUUACGCUACAAUGUCGCUCCAACCUCGCGUGGAGGAUGCACCGGAGGAGAAAAGCGCCUUCUUUAUCGGCGCCGACUCGGAAGAGCAGGACCACCAUCACCUCAUACUCCUAAAAGCCAACGCUUUAGUGUCGGAAAACUGCCUGAAAGAAGCCAUUGACUGGUUUACAGCGGCUAUGCGGUAUGGCCCUGUGCGACCAGAACAAUUAAGCACCUUCGUAGACUGUAUCCUCCGUAACUUCAAGAGUAAAGCCGAUGGGCCAGACUCACUUUCGGGCCAGUGUCGGGACGCAGGGGACAGUCGUGGUGGCGGGGACGAUAUGUUCGACUGUCCCAACUGCCAUAGCUUUUUAGGUGAACCUGUGACCAUAGCCUGUGGACAUUCGUAUUGUAAAAGAUGCCUACAACGACGUCUGCUCUGCAAAUGUAAGCUGUGCAGUGAAGCGGUUAGCGGUGAGGAGAAAGCAAAUGUAAUUCUGUGCGGACUUUUAGAUAAAUGGUUCCCCGACGAGCGGAAAAUAUCGAAAACGCUUUGUGAAGUGGAUGAGCUGUGUAGAAGGAAACACUACGAAGAAGCAGUGUCGCUAGCAACCGAUGUAAUUCAACGUGAUCCAGAGACGACAGCUGUGGCGCGGCUGUCUCGGGCGGAGGCGUACAUGGCUCUCAAACUGUACCGUCUGGCUUUGGAGGACACAGAAUUUAGUCCGUUGUCCAGCUGUUCUGCUGAGGCUUUCUUUAGGAAAGCUAUGGUGCUGCAUGAGAUGGGCCAAGUGGACGAGUCUCUCCAAGUCUUCCUCCACUGCCUGGCUGUGGACGAGGACUUCCCCUGUGCUAAAAGACAAGUGGAAAAGAUCCUGUGUGACCUGCUCUCCCCCACUGAUGAGAAUGUAAAGGUCGGCCUGAGGGAAACUACGCAGAACACGUCACCUCACUUGCGCAGUAAAACCCUCGUGGCCAAUGCCCAAUUACAACCACAGAGCCCAGUCCAGAGACAAAAUCAGGAAGCAUCAUCAUCAUCUUCUUACUCUUGGUCUUCUGUCAUUAUCCAGAAACGCUGGGAAAGCCUGGGGCGGCCUGGUCUGAGCAGAGCUCAUUCACUACGGAUGCAUGGCUCGAGCUGUGAGGAGGAAGGGCUGAAGAGAGUUUGCUCUGCUCCUCAGCUGGGGGACGAGGAGAAGGGGAGCCUACUGAAGAGGAAGUUGUCAGACGCAGACCACUGUGUUGUGGACAGUGGAAGCAGCAAGUUUAAAAAACAAGAUGUGAUGAAAGGCCCCAAACUAAAGGCUGCCAAAGCUAAAACUUGCAGAAGUGUUCCCGAGGAUCUGCUGGACCCCAACGAUUUGGAGUGCUCUCUCUGCAUGAGGCUGUUCUAUGACCCUGUGACUACACCAUGUGGCCACACCUUCUGUAAAAACUGUGUGGAACGCUGCCUGGACCACACCCCCCAGUGUCCCCUCUGUAAAGAGAGCCUGAAAGAGUAUCUAGCAUGCAGGAAGUACACGGUCACAACUGUCUUGGACAAGCUGAUCAAACAGUAUUUGAGUAAGGAGUAUGCCGAGAGGACUAAGACAUAUCUGGAGGAGGCCAGAGAGCUUUCCGAUCUGACGAAGAAUGUGCCUAUCUUUGUGUGUACCAUGGCUUACCCCACCGUGCCUUGCCCGCUGCAUGUCUUCGAGCCACGUUACCGCCUAAUGAUUCGCCGCUGCAUGGACACGGGCACGCGGCAGUUCGGGAUGUGUAUUAAUGAUCCCCAGAAAGGGUUUGUAGAUUAUGGCUGCAUACUGACCAUCAGGAGUGUCCAUAUCCUCCCUGACGGACGAUCAGUAGUGGACACCAUCGGAGGAAAACGUUUCCGGGUCCUGUCCCGAGGAAUGAAGGAUGGUUACAGUACUGCUGACAUCGAGCAUUUGGGUGAUACCAGGGUGGAGGAAAGUGAUAAGCUAGAGAGACUACAAGAGCUGCACGAUGCAGUGUAUGAGCAGGCCCACGUCUGGUUCCAGAACCUCAAGAUCCACUUCCACAAUCAGAUCCUGCAGCACUUUGGACCAAUGCCAGAGCGAGAACCUGACAUCCAGGCAACUCCUAAUGGUCCAGCUUGCUGCUGGUGGCUCCUGGCUGUUCUGCCGAUCGACCCACCGUACCAGCUCUCUGUCCUCUGCAUGACCAGCCUCAAAGAACGCCUUGUGAAGAUCCAGCACAUCCUCACAUAUCUGCAGAGCAUCCCCAACAACUAGAGCUUCCUCUUCUCAUCACCACAAAUAAUAUCCGUUAGACUUGGAAAUGACAUUCAAGCAACCCUGUAUCAACAUCUCGCCAACUUCUGUUUCUACUGCCAGCUGAUCCUCCAACAUUUAUGUCUACAGCUGCAAGAACCCUUAUUUUACAGUUCUGAGUAUGAAGGCUACUCGAGAUAAAAGAUAAAAUGAAACGUCCUUGAACUGUGGCUCACUGAGUUGUGGCCAAACCACCUCGGGGAUAUUUCCACUGACGCAUAUUAUUUGUUUGUGAAAAAAAAAAAAAGUUUAAAGAACAUACAGUAACUAUUAUUAUUAUUAUCUGCACUUGUUCUUAAAUGCUGUUCAUUUGGUAAGAAUAUCGCUGAAUGACCUUGUUGAAAUGAGAAGAGCAGUUACUGUUCCACUUGAUAUUUUGUCGAGGGCGAUGAGAGUAGUAUAUUUAACCCUGAGCAUACCUUCUUUAAGGAUAGUACUAAAGGAGCUGAGUUGAAGAGAGUAUUAUAGUUUGUGUUGUAUCAUCUGGUGAGACCAGGGAAGAAGACGUUUUGCUGUUUAGUCUGCUGCCUGUAAGAUUUAUGUUUAAUAUGGAGGAGGGUUGAGGUGAUCAUGUGGAACACAAUCCUAAAUGCUGAAAGUCCCAACAGUUUUGAUGGCAAGAUUUUGGUUUAGACGAACCACUCCGAAGAGAUUUGUGCACCACCCAAGUGAAACUAAAGGGUGGCGUAUGUGUACAACACACCCAUGAAAGUAUUAAUCUAUAACUUCCGAGCAUCACGUUUUCUUUGUAUUCACAUGCUUACCGUGCACAACUUCCAUCGCAGCCUUAUAAAGGACCCUGAUGUGGAAAGAAUGGGACAAUCUGUGUUUCUUCGUAACCUUUUCACUUUGAGUUUCUUCCAUGAUGUCAUGCAAAGAUUGGCCAUUUCAUCCCGUCUUAACACUCAUGGCCCUGAAGUCUUUUGAUUCUAUGCUUUUUAAAUGCUUUUCUUCCUCUCACAGUCAACCAUCAGUUGUACGCAUCUUCCAAAAAUGAUUCUCCAUGCAAAGCUGCUCUGUGCACUUGGAGGGGAGAGGACGGUACCUGCUGUGCUUCAGUCAGGACUGCGUUUUGCCUUACACCAUUUUUCUAAGUGUGAUUUUUAACAACACGAUGCGUUGACUUGGUUACCAUUCCUUUUUUUUGCCAUAGUUUGAAGUAUGUUUUAAUUUCGUUUAAGUUAGUUUAUGGAACCAUUUGUUCACAAUGUGUAUUAAAAAAUCGUAAAGAAACAAAAUUCAAGUCAAAGCUGUUCUAUGUAAAUCAUCUGUAAAAACGGAAAAGGCUUUUUGGUCCGAUGUUUAAGUUAUCGAUUUUCAAUAAUAAAUACACUUCUUUUUUCAA